CCUUCCGGAGCGGUUGUGGUCGGUAUAUAAGGAGCGGAGGCUCGGCUUCUGUUUGGUGUUGGGCGUUAGCAUCGUCUGCCCGCGUCGUUCUGCUCUCCAGGUGAGCCGCCCUUGGGCGAAGGCGCUGCCGAGCCGGCCCCAGGGACCUUUCGGACAGAGUACGUUGGCCCUUCUGGGGCCCACUAGGUUGGAGCCUAGUGGCUGAAGUUUUGAUCAGUAUCUUGGAGUUUUUAUUCUAGCUGAGGUCAUCAUGAACUUAUUCCAACUCCUGAUGAAAAAGAAGGAACUUAUUCCUUUGGCGGUGAUCAUGACGGCGGCAGCGAGUGGAGCGUUGUCUUUUGCUCUAUAUUCCCUUAAAAAAACCGAUGUGAUCAUUGAUCGAAAAAGAAAUCCAGAACCUUGGGAAAGUGUGGAUCCUAAUGUACCUCGAAAGCUUAUAACAAUCAACCAGCAAUGGAAGCCCAUUGAAGAGUUGCAGAAGGUGCGAAGGGCGUCCAGAUGAGCAGUCCUCACCUCUUUCUUCCAAAGAGUGCUCUAUGAAUCUAGUGGAAACACUUCUGCACAAACUAGACUAUGGAUACCAGUGUGCAGAAAUGCUUCUGCUACAUUUUUAGGGCUUGCCUACAUUUUUGGACUCUGAAUAGGAAUUAUAAAGGUAGUGUGGUAAUAACCACAUAGUCCAAAAAUAGGUUUCUUAUUGUAAUUUGAGUUUUGCAUAUUGAAAAUGUUAUGUUUGUGAUGCCUUGAAUGUUUUCCUUAAUGUGUAUACACAUUUAUAAGUUAGAUUAUCUAUAAUAAAAUAACAUUUGUUUCAAA